GAAAGAGACUUUUCAAUCGCAUUUGUGUUGCCACUCUCUGAUUCCGCCAUGGCAGCUUCGAGGACCGUGAAGGACGUUUCUCCUCACGAGUUUGUCAAGGCUUACUCCUCUCACCUCAAGCGUUCUGGCAAGAUGGAGCUUCCUGAGUGGACGGAUAUUGUAAAAACUGCAAAAUUUAAAGAAUUGGCUCCCUAUGAUCCUGACUGGUAUUAUAUUCGAGCUGCCUCCAUGGCAAGAAAGAUCUAUUUGAGAGGCGGUCUUGGCGUUGGUGCUUUUAGGAGGAUCUAUGGUGGAAGCAAGAGGAAUGGAAGCCGUCCCCCACAUUUCUGCAAGAGCAGCGGUGCUAUAGCCAGGAACAUUCUGCAACAGUUGCAAAGCAUGAACAUUAUUGAGGUUGAUCCAAAAGGAGGUAGGACAAUAACUUCUAGUGGUCGAAGGGAUCUUGAUCAAGUUGCUGGGAGAAUUGUGCUUGCUCCUUGAUCUUGGGAUGUUAUUGGGUGCUAACGGUGCAUUAUAAUGCCCUCUAGGAUUUAUUUUUAUUGAGAUAACAUCUAGACAAGAUUUUAUGUAUUGAUUGAAUAGGGCUGAGUUUACUCAGCAUUUUACAAAUUGUAAUUUUUUUACUUGCGUUAUUCUAGUCGUGAAUUUUGGACCAUUAGGUUUUCACUUAAAUUCUCAACACCUGCAUUAUAUUCUAGUAACUCGAUUUUUUUCCCC